AUGUCGACUAAACUGCAGGUCUCGAAGUCUGGGAAGAAAAACUCUGCCAAAGGUGUCUCGGCACGAUCUCCCAGCAAGGUCAAGCAGACUACGAAGAAGAGGGGAACUGUGGGUCCGCCGAAAUCCAGGUCAUCUAGCGGUGAGGGCCCACCUGGGGGCGAUAUUCGCAAGUCCAACCGCCCUCGAAAGGCGAGAGUGUGGUACGCAGAAGAAGAUGCGGAGGAAGAUGAGGAGGAAAAGGCGGAGGAAGAGGCGGAGGAAGAGGCGGAGGAAGAGGCGGAGGAAGAGGCGGAGGAAGAGGAAGAUGGCGAGGCGGAGGACGAAGAGGGUGGGGAGUCCGGCAAUGAGUCGGAAGAUGAGUCCGAGGACGAGCCGUCGGACGAGGAGGGUGGAGAGUCGGACGAUGAGCAGGGGGAUGAGGAGGAGGCAGUGGAGAGGAAUGAGAAAAACGGUAUGGCGGAAGUGCCUGCCUGCGCGGAUGCUCAUAAGCCCGAGGUCACGAAAAAAACAAGCUUUGACGAGAUGCUGGAAGAGCAGGAUGACAGUGAAGGUGAUGCCGUGGAGGAUGAGGCUGUGGCAGAGGAACGAGCUUUGCUGCUUGGGAAGCUGAAGGCACUUGAUGAGAUCCAGGAACCCGUUGCAACUCCAAAGGCAGCAGGCGCUGGGGCAAGAGGGGUAAAGGCUAAAGCGGGCGGUGGGGCUAAAGCGACCGCUAAGAAGGGCAACACCAAAACCGAUGGUGAGAACGUUGCCUCGUUAAGUCCCAUCCCUACCGUCAGCUCUCGUCCUAUCCCUGCCGUAAACCAAUCUGUCUACCUUCCUCCCAUCCCUCCCGUCACCCAUCUCCCAUCCCUCCCGUCACCCAACUCCCAUCCCUUCUGUCACGUUCCUCCUAUCCUUUCUGUCACGUUCCUCCCAGCAGCACCCAAGGACUCCGGAGCUGCGCCACCAGUGAAGGUUCUCAGCCUAGCCACCAAGCGUUUCGAUCUCGUACCCGCCAAGAAAACCCUGUUUGUGGCGGCAUCCGGCGAUCGCCGCCGGGAGCGUGGUGGUGUAACAAACGCGGACCUUGACCAGUUCGAGCAACGCGUGAUGGCGAGGUUUGCCGAAAUGCUGUCGGCCAUGGGUCGGGGUGCUGGCCAAUCCCUCCCAAUCGGAGCGCCUGCAACAACACCUCCCCAUUCUGGCCCGAGCACCAGCUUGUGGGAAGGCCUUCCCUCUGGCAAUAGUCCCCUGGCAAACCACCGCGAAAUCGUCUACAAAGCCGUAGUCGACUUCAAGGUGCGUUGCCUGUCUAAGGGGGUGAGGCAAUACCUAAACCCUGACUCCCUUCUGCCUGCCUGCCCCUCUCCCCUCAACCCGAAACCCCACUUGCUUCCCUGUCCAGGUCUAAGGGGGUCUAAGGGGGUGAGGCAAUACCUAAACCCUGACUCCCCUCUGCCUGCCUGCCCCUCUCCCUUCAACCUUAAACCCACCCUCUUCCCCAUCCAGUUCGAGUGGCCAAUCCUUAACAAUGCGCCCGAUGGGAAGUUGAGCGGCAAGUGGGAGUACAAUCGGAUCCAGUACGAGGAGAUGUGCACCCGUGUGAAGCAGGAGGUCGAGAUCGCUGUCAUGGACCAUGGUGUCCCAUACGCCAGCAACACGAACACAUUCAACUUCCCCAACGGCGUCUACAUCGACGCGUCUGACAUGGAGACCCUUGUCAGCAGGGUGCAGCUUUGUUGCAUCACCCACCAUCUCUUCCGUCCCCUUCCCCUUCCUCCCAUGUCUUCCGUCCCCUUCCCCUUCCUCCCAUCUCUUCCGUCCCCUUCCUCCCGUCUCUACUGUCCCCUUCCUUCCGUCCCCCAUGCCUCUUUGCGCAGGCAGCACGACCUGCACCAGCCCGGGUUGUCACCCCCAACCCGUGAUCACAGAGAUCUACAGCAGCACUAG